AUGCCAUGGAACUACGCCGUCCCUUUACUCCUUUCCCUCUCGUGGAGAGAGGUCUUCGCCGAUCGACCAAGCAACCAGUCCAUCUGUGACUACUACGCCGCUCAACGCUAUGGUGCGAGUAACAGCACGACGCAGCUGCGUCUGAUGCAGGGCAUCGUUGCUUACGCCUACGCUGGCGGCGGUGCACUCCGACUUACCGACGACAAGACUAAAAGUACCGGAAUAUUCAAUCACGGGCGGUUUAAUGGUCAUGAUGUAUACCUCCGGCCGUGGUUCAACGGAUCAAAGGCAAUCACAAACUUCAAUGGCCAAGCUGUCGGCGUCGACUGGCUCGACGGAGGCGGUACUGCGCCGCUAAUCGCCUUCUUGAAUAGCUCUACCGAGACGGCAGAAAUAAAAAAGGGAACAAAUCAAGAGAAACUGUUUUCUCGUUGGUAUUUUGCCUUUGGGAAGAUCUACGGCUGCAGCCUUGCAAAACAUUUCCUAGAAAAUAGCUUCACUCCUCUUACUCCAGCCUACGUACAUAAAUACAUGGACCUAAACCAUACCCACAUCGGAUACUUCAUCGACCAGCUUAUUGCCGCCAGCAAGUACUAUGGCUUCUCAGACCCCGAUGCCGAGACGCUUUCCACCUUUAUGAAUGCGAGAUAUAAUACCCGCGCUGGUGCUGCCAACAACUUCGGCAUCUUCAGCAACUCCCCGACCGACCUCUACCACGGCGGCCAACCCAUCAACCUCUUCUAG